AAAUAAAUGUGCAAAAUUAGCUCAGUCGCAGCCAUGGCUCCGAUAGCCACAUACGUGUUCCUCGACUUGGGAACUACCAGCAAAUAUGCAGAUUCAAAUGAAAUAACGGAGUUAAGCAUGGUGGCAGUGGAUCGUCAGCAGUUCCUUGAUAGUAUUUCGCAAGAAAACCCCGAAAUUCCAAAAUUUUUAAAUAAGCUUACGCGGUGUUUUAAGCCAGAAACACAGAAGAUAAGUUAUACCGCGCGCGCCGACGGUACAGGCGGUUUCACGGAGGAAAUGUUACAAGGUGAAUUAUCCCUUAACGAGUCUUGUUUCCAUUUGAUCGAUACAUUUCUCUAUUCUCUGGCAAAACCUGUGUGUAUAAUUGCACACUAUGGCUUCCAGUCUGACUAUAUUAUAUUAAAGAGGUAUUUCACGAAACUUCAGGUGAAGUUUUCUAGUGAACUCGUCUGUGUUGACACUCACCAAGCGUUCUACGAUAUUUUAGAGGAGAAAAGAGACGAGAAAUAUGUUGAAGAAUAUUUGGAACAGCUCGGUUUAAUUCCCGCAAAUUCAUCAAAACCCAUCAAUCGCGAAAGGGAUAUCAUUCGGGAUGCCGCUUUUGAGGAAAGGCCAGGAAUCCGAAAGAUUUUGGAGACAAUGCGAAAUGAUAAUCCCUCGUUAUCGUCAUGUAAUCCAUUACCGGGACAGGACGCCUUGAAUCCCGGUAAUUCCUCAAUGCCGUCAAUUACUCCAUUACCGGGACAGGACGCCUUGAAUGCCUUUAUUACUGAAUUAAAAGAGGGACUGAGGAGAUUUUUGAAAAAUCAUCGACGGAAAUAUGAAAGAAAAGAUAAAAAGAGAGCCAAACGUCAAUAUCCAUGGGGUCCAGAAAUAAAUAUGCCUGGCGUUAGUUACGAAUUGCCAGAAACCUACACACGGGUGUUCAAGCGGAAGCCUAGGGACGCGCAUAAAGCUGAGGUUGAUUGUAUACUGAUGCUGGAGAUUGCUGUUAAACUCGGCCAAGACUUUGUAGACUGGGUUGAUGAUGAAACAAAUCAACUUCUUUUCCCUUCGUUAACCGAAGAGAUAUAACGGGAA